GAGUAUUAACCAGCGGGAAACCAAUUGCUGUCAGAUAAUUUACUACUUUAACUCUUCAGUGACACGACUUGUAACCUGUGCGCAGGCAGGACUGCAAUGUCGAAGGUCUCCUGCAGGCAUCAUUGUGAGCGCUGGAAACAGCGAAGGCGGAACCCAAACCCUCGAGUGAACUGGACGGGCAGUUAUUGCAGUUACACCAUGCUGCAGUCGGUAAAAUAUUCCGCGUUACAAACAGCUGGAAUCAUUCUGAUGUGUAGUAUGUGAUGUUUACUACUAAAUAUAACAUCACUAGACACUAAAUACGGACAAAAAGAGACUUAAGAUGGAUGAAAAUGAUGUAAGAGCGAAAUCUGAUGAUAUUGACUGGGGCGGAAGUGAAGCUGACCAGGGAGAGGUUAAGAAGAAAGCUAAAACCUUAUCAAAGAACGUGCACACCGGGCUUCCUUGUCCUCUUUUAGAUGCUGAGAAAUGCUCUAUGAUAACAGGAGACUAUCUCUACUUCUACUACGGCUGUGAUGGGACAGAUGACAGAGGCUGGGGAUGUGGCUACCGCACCGUCCAAACAAUGGCUUCCUGGCUUUGUCACAACUUGUCCCCACUUCAGGGCAAACACAGACCUCCACCAAGCAUACCUGAAAUCCAACAAGCUUUGGUCAGCAUGGGGGACAAACCAGCCUCCUUUGCCCGCUCCAAGGAGUGGAUUGGAACAUUUGAGGCAUCUCUGGUCCUGGACUUUUUCUAUGAUGUCCCCUGUAAACUGGUCCAUGUUAGAGGUGGAGGUGCAGAGCUGGAGCAGGUAGCAGUGGAGGAGCUACAUCAGCACUUUCAGAAGCAUCAGUCCCCGGUCAUGAUGGGAGGGGACAGGGAUAACUCCUCUAAGGGGAUAGUAGGGGUGUGCACAGGGGGAAAGGGGAGUUACCUUCUUGUCCUGGACCCUCACUACUAUGGAUGUGAGCUUGAAAAGCUGGAACUACAGAGACGAGGGUGGGUGGCAUGGAAAAAGGUGUCAUCUCUGGAUCGCUCUUCCUUUUAUAACCUGUGUAUGCCACAGACUGCCAAAAAAUAAAGAUACACUAAAUGACUGACCGUCCUAGUCAAGAAAAAUGUAUGAGUAUCGAUAGUACAGAUGAGCAGUGCAUGGAAAAAACGUGUUAUGAGGAGUUAGUUUGUGCUUUAUCACAAGAUUUUCAUUGGAUAAAUGAAAAAUACUGAA